GAAGUAAACUCUGGCAUGAGGUUUGCAAAGCCUCCACACAGGGCCACCAGAUGUUCUCCUCACUCCUGAAGAUCUCUGCAUACGUGCAGAAGUACCGCACGCCCGUGCUGCUGGUCGGCUGCGGCGGGGUCUUCGCGGCCAACAUCUUCUACCAUGCCUUCCCCAACGGCACCUACAGGAAGCUGUACCAGGCCUGGAGCAAAGGCGAGCCCGCCAGCCUCUCGGAGAAACUGGAGGAGGUGUUCCAGGCGGUGUUGAAGGAUUGCACUGUGGGCUCCUCGGACAACUACACCGCCUUCGCCUCCUUCGGAUUCGCCCCGAUCGGCGCCGGCGUCCCCUGGCUGCCCGCGGGCGCCCAUGUGGGCAUCCCCGCCAACUUCAACAGCUCGGCCGACGACCUGGGCGGCAUCACCAACCGCACCAUCCUCAUCAACGGCAAGGAGGUGGAGUGGGACAGUGAGAUCGGCAUCGUGCUGAAGGACGCGCUGGUCUUCUCGCCGGAGGCCAAGAAGUUCGCCAUCGCGCGCGAGGUGGUGCGCCUGGAGGGGGCGGGGCCGGUGCUCCACGCCGCCGUGGCGCCCGCCUGCCUGGCCGGCAUCUUCGUCAACAGCGUGGUGCUCAAGCAGGUCUUCGGCCUGUACACGGGCUCCAUACUGGCCCGCGGCGCCGUGAACGCGGUCAUGCUGGGCCUGGGCGCCGCCUUCUACUUCCUGGCCGCGGACGAGAUCAGCCAAUGGGUGGACUACCGCUCGGACCGGCGCGCCGCCAGCCUCUCGCCGGAGUACGCCAAGGGAGGACUGGAGUUCUACGACAAGAUCAUCACGCGGAACAAGACGCUGCGGUCGCUGAUGGGGCGGAAGGGCGAGGAGAUGUACGCGCCCAGCGGCAACCUCUUCCCUGCCAACGCGUUCAGUCUCAAGCACGCGCCCUACACGGCGCGCAGAGAGGGCAUCGCCACUCUUUUAAAAGAACAGAAAAUGUGAAAGAGACAUUUGACCCAAAUUUGACACAUGUGAAAGAGACACUUGCCUCAAUCAUCACAGUGCAUCAAAUGCUUUAUUAUUUAUUAUUUUGUUUUUCACCAUGACUUUGUCAUGCAAUUUGUUCACAGCUGUUUGUACAAGCUCGAGCACCAGAUUUUUUUAGUUGGGACAUGGACAAGUCUACAUUGAUGAUACUAGCAUAGAAAAUGGGAAUGCUGCUGGAAAAAAGUCAGUUUUUAUAUAAUAUUCCAAGUGUCAAUCCUGGGUUCAAGAAGUUUAAAAAAAUGCCACAUUUUCCGAAAGCUUUGCGGAGCAUUUGACACUUUUAUCCAAUGCGACUUACAGUUGUUUUAGUGCAGGCAUGGGCAGGGUAUUGGUUACAGUCCCUGGGGCAAUGUGGGGUUAGGUGCCUUGCUCAAGGGCAUCUCAGUGAAAGGCAACCCUCUGAUCUAAGGCCUAUCUCCUUAGCCACCACGCCA